AUGUAUCUAGGCCACACAAUACGGGCUGUGGGCUCAUUGUUGCUGCCUACCAGCAGGUCUAUCACCGCCGGGGACAAGGCCUCUCUUGCUGUCUUGGGAAGGCUCACCAUGCAUCUCACACAGCUCAACCGUGAAUGUCUCCUCCACCUUUUCUCCUUCUUGGACAAGGACAGUCGGAAGAGUUUGUCUCUUACCUGUCACCAGAUGCGUGAUGUCUUCCUGGACCCCCGUCUUUGGAACCUGCUCCACUUCAGCUCCCCUUGUCAGCUGAGGUGGGACAACUUUGUGCUGGGACCUUCUCUGCGUUACUUGACUAUUUGCUGGUACUCCAGCAGGGUCCUGAAAGUUUGCAACAUUGAAGACUGGUUGAAGACCUCGUUUCAGAAGGUCAUCUGCAGUAAACAUGAAAGCCUGGUCAGCAAUUUCCUGGCUCAUGUCUGCCACAUGUGUCCCAACCUGCUCUCCCUAACCCUGUCUGGCUGCGCACACAUCACUGACCAGGAUGUGAUCUCUGUGCUGCAGAACUGCAGGAGGCUGCACCACCUCUACCUGGAGAAUUGCGUCCGCAUCACUGACAGCAUAUUUGAUGGAGUGGUGGCUCAUGGCGUCAGUUUGGUGGAAGUGAGGGUGGACUUCUGCAGGAACAUCACCCAGGCGGGGCUGCAGGCCGUCAGAGAGAAGAGGCCGAGCAUUUGGCUGGGUGCGGAGAGAAGCGCAGGCAUGAUCCCCGACAGCAGGCCCGAGGAGGAUGUGACGCUCAAGAGCACUCUGCAAAAACUCCUGCAGUUCUCCUGAUAGAAAUGCUUCUAAACCUUUACACAUGGACUUAUCAUACAUAGACAUGGCUGUGAUGCUUUUAUGCUGAUUUGUAUCUAUAUUUUGUGUUUUUGUACCCUUAAGGUCGAGAUGGAAUGAAAAAUGCCUUUUUAACCCUUUUAGAUCACAUCACCAGUCAUAUUGUGCUUCCUGUAAAACAAAAUAUGACAUGUGCUUACAUAGGCUUAAACCAAUCAAUUUCAACCAAUUAUAUCAUGACAUCCACCCAUUAAUCGGUCUUCAACUUUUGGCGGCAAAGAGUGAAGAUUCACUACGACACGCCCACUUUUCCACAUUCAAAUACAUCAGGAUACAGAAGUUUCAUUUGGACUUUAACAUCUUUUUACAUAACACACAUUAACUAUGAGUCUUACUUACAAAGACAUGCACUUCCUCAGCUGUCUUUAUUCCAGAGAGAAUUACACACACACAAUAAAGUCUUAACUACACAUGUGGCCUUAUCAGUAAUGUCAAAUCAAUACACGUCACUGAUAAGGCCAUUACACAAUUUCAUUGUUAAUACCAUUAGAUAGUUUGAUUAAAAUAUCACACACGCCUAUCUCAGAGGGUUUACACACACCUACACAAUAGAAAAGAACAAAAGACAUAAAGGUUGCACUGUGAGAUCCACCUCUGUCAUGGUAAAAGCAUGUCAGCGAUGGGAAGGGUUCUCCAAGGGCAAAGUGGCCCUGUGCCUGAGCUGUGAUUGGAAUCGUGUUAUAUAAGACUGUGAGACAUUCAAAAGUAGGUUGAUUAGGCAAGUGUGUCUGUAAAUGCCAUGUGACAAAUUUAUUGCAGGCUGCUGCUGCAGGGCGCUCCCUGUCCUGUGAGUGCAUAUCUGAAGAAUCACCAUGUAUUCAAACAGAAGGUUAAUGUAAUAAUAAUAAGAGGAAGCUUUUUUUUUUCUAUCCCACGAGAGCGUGUGUUUUUCAGAUAUUGUUCAGAGGAAAAUACUGUAUGAAGCAAAUUUUCUGUUUUCUUUUGAUAUUUAAGAAAGGUCAGAAUACUGUGUGUUUUUCUAUUGACUGUGUGUUUUUAUACUGACUCUGUGUUUUUUUUUAACUUAUUGACUUUGUUAAAGAAAAUUUUCCAUCGCUUUGUCAUGGACAAUAAAGUUUUUUAGAAUAUAAAUCGGAAUUUUUAUAAUGAUGACAGUUUUUAGAUUUGUAUUUUUUAUUUUAAAUGACUCCCAUUCUGUGAUGGUGUUUAACGUUUCUGAAGAAAAGAAAUCUUAAAUAAGGUUUUAUUUGUCAUUGUAAUUAAAAACAAUUCCACACACUGUAUAUUUAAUAUGAUUCCAUCUCUGUGGAAUCAUAUUAAUAUACAUGCAAAAUGUUGGGGCUGUUGACAUCGACUCUAAAUUGCAUUUUGUAACAAUAUACAGUACUGUGCAAAUGUUUUAGGCUAAGAAGUUUAGAUUCUUAUCUAUCGUGCAAUACCAUCAGCGAGGCAUCUAAUCAGGGCCAAAUUUAUUCUGCAGCAAGACAAUGACCCCAAACAUACAGCCAGAGUCAUAAAGAACAAUGUUCAGCCACAUGAUAUUAUGAUAUGCCGCCCCCAUCCUCCCCACUCACCACCCACAGAGCCCUACAUGAAGAGACAGAAGCAACUGAGACGCCUAAAUCCACAGAGGAACUGUGUCAAGUUCUCCAGGAACAACCGACCUGCCAAAUAAUUUUAAACACUGUGUGCAGGUGUACCGAGGAGAACUGCUGCUGUUUUUUAUAUUUAGAUUUCAUUUCAGUGUCUUCUACUACAUUUUGAAUGAAGAUAAUUGAUAAAUAAAAACUAUUUAUAGCAUUAUUUCUGAAAGCAUCCUAACUUUACUUUUAGUGUCUCAAACUUUUGCACAGUACAGUAUAUCUGAGGAAAUUGUAUCCUAUCACUAGUUGAUUGAUCUGAUUGGUGAUUAAACAAAAAUGAAUUUGUAUUUGAACUCUGUUUAAACAUGUUUGGGCUUGGUUACAUGAAACGGAAUGAGCUGAGGAAUGUGGUUCGAGUGGUUUAGGCAGCAGCGUACAUUUCAAAAACUCCAGUUGGCAAUUACAGUAACUGUCAUUAAAAAAGCAUCAAGAGUCCAUCGAUUGUAAUUUUUCAUCCGAGUGAUACCAAAAUUUUGCAUAUUGAGUUGAUACUGCAAGAGUCAGAACACAUUUAAAUGAGAUAGAAUCACAGUAUUUACAGGAUUUUCUCCAUUUUUCUGCCCUAUACACACAUGGCAUCCCUAUAAUAUAUCUACACAGUACAGCAUGUAUCAGGCUUACUUCAAACAAAAAGCGCCCGAGGAUGAAUAAGGAUAGCAUACAUACUGUAGCAUGUUCUCUUUUAAUAUACAGUAAUGUGCUGUUUUCAAAGAAAGUCCCAAACCAAGUGGAUAAAUAAAACUCUGCUGCUUUACUGCACCGAGACAGAGACUCACUGUUUAGAGGCCAGACAACAAAUGCUAUAUUAUUUACUAUCAUAAAUACACCUUGCCAGGAUAGAGCUUUAAGAGUUAUGAGUUCCAGGUGGGGAGACUCCUGAGGCACAUCCGGCUGCCUACAGCACUCCAACACAAUAACAGGCCUGAGCGUUAGACACAACAUGACUGUAUCAAAGCGUCUGUUUCCGCUAGAGGCAGAUUUUUUUUAAUUUUUUUUUUUAUGGCUGUAUCAUUUCAAAAGGAGACAAUCUUGAAAGACCUGUUGCCCAGAUGUCUGUGCUUAAAAGCGCUGCUUUUUUUUUGUCACCUCACUAGUAGGUUUCAUAUAUAGUAUGUGUUACAUCGUAUGACUCCUCAUUCAUGUAGCUUCUUUAGUCUAUCUAAAUUGUGAAUAAUGCAUUCAAGCCCAGCCUUCGCUCUUAUGGAAUCCAGUGAAAAGUAAUAAUUUGUUUCAAUGAACAAAAGGUCAGUUUGUGCCUGAAAAGAGUGGCUACUCUGUUGAAUAUCAUUUCAUUAAACAGUGAAAGUCACACUCAGUGCUGAACAAUG